CAUUCUAUGGUGCCAACUAGUCUUUUAGUGCAAUCAUAUACCCAUAGUUGACGCGUCAAUAUGUCUUCAAAUGUAAUGGCAAUUACAGAACUUAGAGUUUCAUCGUUUACAAUCUCACUUGCUACUCACAAUUCAAGGCCAUCUAUGUAUCAACCAUGGAACUUGUCGUUGCAAACAUCAAAACCAGGGAUGGUGCCAAAUAAAUUAUCCAUCAAGUCCGUUGCUUUCAGUGAGAAGGUGCCUAGUCAAACUUAUUAUCCUGGGAUGAAAGAUUUCGAUCAAGUUAAAAGAAAAAGCCAAGAGGCAUUGUUAAACUCAAGUGAUUCAUUGAGAACAUUGGAGAUAAUUGACACCAUCCAAAGGUUAGGAAUUGAGCACCAUUUUGAAAAAGAAAUCAACUUACAACUUGGAAGGAUAGGGGAUUGGAACGCUGCGGAAGACCUUUUUGCCACAUCUCUUCAAUUUCGCUUGCUGAGGCAUUAUGGUUGGCCUACAUGUUCCGAUGUUUUCAACAAAUUUUUGGAUCAAAGUGGAAACUUCAAGGAAUCUGUCACUAGAGACAUUUGGGGCAUGUUAAGUUUGUACGAGGCAUCAUAUUUAGGUGCAAAAGGCGAAGAAGUACUACAACAAGCAAUGGAUUACUCAAGGGCUCAUUUGUGUCAGUCACUCUCAGACCUAAGCCCUAAAGUAGGAAGUAUAGUCGUCGAAGCCUUGAAGCUUCCAAGGCACCUAAGAAUGGGUCGGUUGGAAGCCAAAAACUUCAUGGUAGAAUAUAGCCAAGCAAGCAACCAAAUACCCGCUCUUCUAGAAUUGGCAAGGCUAGACUAUGACAUGAUUCAAUCGAUGCACCAAAAAGAAUUAGCAGAGAUCUCGAGGUGGUGGAAAGAGUUGGGACUUAUUGAAAGACUUGGUUUUGGAAGAGAUGGACCAAGAGAAUGCUUCCUAUGGGUGUUGGGGAUUUUUCCAGAACCACGUUAUUCAAAUUGCCGCAUUGAACUUGCAAAAGCCAUAUGCAUUUUACAAGUUUUGGAUGAUAUGUUUGACACUUAUGGAACAUUAGAUGAACUUAUUCUUUUUACUAAGGCAAUCAAAAGGUGGGAUCUUGAUGUGAUGGAGCAACUACCUGAAUAUAUGAAAAUAUGUUAUAUGGCAUUGUACAACACCACCCAUGAAAUUGCAUACAAAAUUCAGAAAGACCACGGCCAAACUGUAGUUGCUUGUUUGAAAAGAACAUGGAUAGACUUAAUUGAAGCUUAUCUUAAAGAAGCCAAAUGGUUCAACAACAAAUAUGUGCCAACUUUUCAACAAUAUUUGGAUAAUGGGGUGAUUUCUUCAGGAUCAUACCUGGCCUUGGUGCAUGCAUCUUUUCUCAUUGGGGAUGACUUCUCAAAAGAAACCAUUUCCAUGAUGAAUCCACCAUAUCCAAGGCUUUUUUCUUGCUCUGGGGAAAUUCUUAGGCUUUGGGACGACUUAGGAACCUCAAGGGAUGAGCAAGAGAGAGGUGAUAAUGCUUGUAGCAUACAAUGUCUCAUGACAGAAAAUAAUAUUUCAGAUGAAAAUGUUGCCAGGAGGCAUAUAAGAAAACUCAUAAAGAAUUUAUGGCCUGAGCUAAAUGGUCUUACCAUGAUCACAACCACUCUUCCUUUGUCCGUUAUGAGGGCUUCUCUCAACAUGGCUAGAACUUCUCAAGUUAUUUAUCAACAUGGAGAUUAUCAAAGCAUGCUUACGGUUGAUGAUCAUGUGCAAGCAUUGCUAUUAACACCCUCUAUCAACUAUCAAGAUGAAAGUGAUAUCAAUCAUGUUAUUUGAUUCAAAUUUAUAAAUUUAUAAUUUUUUCUUUA